AGUACAGGAGGUCACUUCCGGGUUUUGAUUUGUUGUGUUCUGGGGAGAGUGUUGCAUGUGGCAUUUGACACCCCUUCAUGCACCACACAACUGACAGAUAGUCGCUUUUACUCGGAGUGCAUAACAUCAGAAUGUAACUGCACAUUUCACUGCCAACUGUACCAUGAAACGUGUUGUUCAAACUACCAGGAACGUCUUUGUCUGAAGGGUCUCUAGGCUUACUUGUUUAUCUACAUUUCCGAGGAACUAAUAGCAGGAUAUGCUGUCACUGUUGACGUGGGGAUAGCCUAGUGGAUUUUAUCACAGAGAUCUCAAAGAGACUGGCGUUAUCGUACGGGUCAGCAGAUUGGACCUGUCAAGGAUGGUGAUAUAAGUAUCAGCUGAAGUCUGAGAGGAAAACAGAUCUCAACCAUGGUUCAUUCAUGACACUAACAGUGCAGUUUAAAUCGUGGGUGGAGUCAUUACGAACACUGUGAUUGGAUACUGUAAGUGAUUGACAGCUAAGGCCAACAAAUCAGCAUCAUGGGAGAGAUAGCCCCCUGGAAUCCCAUGCAGUUCAUCUUCAUAUCGUUUUUCACAUGCUACCUGUCAUUCAUGAGGCCCCCAGAAGGGGGGAUGUCGGUGAUUGCGCUGUACCUGCUGACGUUCUUCAUCUGCACCCCCGCCCUGUACAUCCAGCUGAAGCUGGGCGGUUACCUGCAAAAGGGCAUUGUGGGUAUCUUCUCCAUGUUCUUCCCAAUCUGGAAAGGUGUGGGUGUGGUGGCUGUGAUAGAUCUGCUGUUGAGACUCACCAACCUCGCCCCCAUUGUUGCCCAGUUUGGCACCUAUGCCUUCAUCGCCAUCUCGGAGCAGCCAUACGUGUGGGGCAACUGUAAGACAAUAAUCGACCAACCUUUCUGCUAUGAUGGCCAUUCAGAGGUGAAAAUUUUAAACAACAUGAAAUCCUACCACAGAGCGGAGGAGUUGUUUUACAAACACGAGUUUCUUCAGAUUUCCACUGGCGUGGAUUCCAUGGAUGGCUUUCCUCAGUGGAAGUUCACAGAGAUUGCACGGAAGGCGGAGGUCUCUCUAAUGCCAGUGACUCUGGCUAUCGUGUGGGUCAUCAUCUUCCUCCUCGUUGGCUUUGGAGGACGCUUCUGUGGAUGGGUGUUGUUCGUGAUGGGGCCAGCUGCUCUGUCCUGUCUGCUUGCUGUCCUGGGCUAUGGCUACACCCAUCUUGACCGCUCCGCUGCCCUCGCCUACCUCAAGCAGGUGUAUGCCUACAACUCAGAAUACAGUGCUUUACGUAGCUGGCACCAGUCCCUUCUCGUGGUGAUGAACUCGCUGCCCGUGUGGACGGUCAUUGCUGCCACCAUGGGCAAGAUGUGUGGCAAGGGGAGGUCAAUACGAAACAUCACUUGGGUUCUCAUGAUCGGGGUCUACGCACUCUUCAGCCAGCUCCCUCCAAUUGCCAUGGCACCAUAUCUGGGUGACAUGAUCUUCAAACAGCAGAGUCCUGGCAUGCAGAAGGAGGUUGGGCCAGGGCUGGUGCUGUGGCAGAUGCCGGCAGCCUUCACAGCUCUCAACAUUCCACCCAUAUACGCUUUCCUCUUCCUUCUCUCCGCAUUCCUCUUUGGUCUCAUGUUCUUGGUGGUGGGCUCCUUGACCAUAGUGGACAACAUCAUGGACAGUCUGGAGGAGUGGAUAGACAAGAAGUGCUGCAGCAAGAUCGUCAUCCACCUGCUCAUGACCUUUGUCAUCAUGUGUGUUGCUAAAGGCAUGGGGAUCCUACAGACAACCAAGGCAGGAAUGUACUACUUCAUCCUCAUUGACCAGUCCAUCUCCAAGCUUCAGUUUAUCCUUGUCAUACUGCUGGCAUUCGGCUUGCUGGUUGUGUACAUUAAGCAGAACUUUGCCCUGGCCGAGAGGAUAAUCAUGGGUCUGUGGUUCAUUGUCUCUGCAGUCUUCACAGCGGGAAUGUGGUUCACGCUGUUCCUGAAGACGAGGGACCGUGACCUGAUCUACGAGGAAGACAACUACACGUUCCCCGAGCCCUGGAAAAUUGUGAGCUGGUGCAUCGCUGUCCUUCCCUACAUCGGCAUCCUGCUGGGGGCGCUGCACACACUGUUCACCACACAUGGACCCGGGUUCUUCACUAAGUGUUGCUGUGGCGUCACAGAGCGGGUGCGUGAACAUGAGGAUACUGAACAUGAGGAGACCCUGAUGGCGUAUCACCCCCCGCCCCCCGAGCCCACUGCGCCCCCCUAUAUGCAGACAUACAUGGAACACAGCUACCCCAUGGAUGACCUGGGUUAUAACCCCAAGUACGACUAUGACCCCCCAGAGACGGAGCCAUUGACAGCUUCCAAUCACUGUACACGCAUCUGAUACUGCAUCAACAGCUGGCCUGGGCACACACGUCUGGCUGCCUGUGUCACAGGUCAUCAUCACACUGAUGCGACUGUUCCUCACAAGUCUCCCGAAUCUCUAAAUGCUUAUGUUGACAGUAUGUGUUACUUCAUGUCACCGGUUAUAUCACAGUGUGUUGUUGCCAGCCGUCAGGAUCGUGGGUACAUUGAGCAGAGGGAUCUGAUGCAGCUGGUUAAUGAUGUGCAGGGGGAGACAACUCAGUUCCAUGUGUUCAAGAAUGUGUUCUGUCCCGGGUGCACUGUACAACACUGUGGUGAUAGAGACACCACAUCGCCAACAUGGCUGGUGACGAAUAGUUGUUUUGAUUCCACUUUUCAUCAAUUGUAUGAGAAACAUGUUUAAUGUGGAAGUGAAACUUCACACAAGGACAGGACCUACUUUCUACUUUUGGCUACAAAGACAGCAGUGUCUCUUAUUUCUUAUUUAAGUCCUCGAGAUUCCAUCGCUCUCAAUGUGAAUAUGUCAUCAACAUCCAACUCCAGAAGCAAUGGCCGACCUGUGCCGACCUGUGCCAACAUGCUUGUGAUGUGUGAGGUUGUUGUCAUCAGCAUCAUGUGACAAUGGGAGCUGCCUGCCUGGUCACACUCAGACACUCAGCAGAUGCUGUCAAUUCACCUUUUUGAUAUUACAUGCAAUUCUUUUACAAAAACCUCCUCAUGCUAUUUUGUCCAUCUGUCUCAGUACUUACUGUUGUGUGUUCGUGAUCAACACUGAUUCUACCUGGGCCUUUAAGACAAGUUGUACCAUAGAACUAUUUAAAAUUUUUACUAUAGAACUAUUUAAUUUUGUACUAGAGAACUAUUUAAGGUUCUACUAUAGAACUAUUUAAGGUUCUACUAUAGAACUAUUUAAGGUUCUACUAUAGAACUAUUUAAAGUUCUACUAUAGAACUAUUUAAGGUUCUACUAUAGAACUAUUUAAGGUUCUACUAUAGAACUUUGUGUUUCGUGUCUAGAUUCCCUUUCACAUUGAUACCACAGACUUCACAAUCAUACACAGAUGUGUGUAUCACAUACCACUGUACGGAAGAACAUCUACAGGGGGCGGAAGUGUUUGUUUUGUUAAGGACUGGCUAAUUUCUUGCCCCAUGGUCUGAUUAUUAUUUUGGGAAGGAACUAUGCUGGCCAUUGGUGAGUCAGGUACACCCCCACUCACUCACUCACUCACCCACUCACUCACUUACUCACUCACUCACUCACUCACACUGGCAGCAUUACAUUUGUACUAAAUACUUAUACACUUAAUAUUUCUGUUUUUGAUAAGCUAUUUGUGACCAUAUUUACUAGGGGUGAAACAAUACAGCAAGGUCAUGAUACAAAACGUAUCACGAUACAUAGGUAACAAUAUGAUACAUAUCGUGAUACACAUAUUUACGUCAAAUUGCAUGGAAACUUCUCGACUAUAAAUAUUUCUGAGCAUGUUCUUAAUUAUAUGGAAAAGCUAGCUGAAGACACAUGUUCGUAGCUGCUAUUUUUAGCAGUGGACUUGGAAUGCUAAUUACAACACAUUUUGCGAUAUUUGACGAACAAAAUCGCUGGGGGUCUUUGAACGAGUAGUUAAUAAUAUAUUUUAGCAAGUGUAUAGACUUGUAUCAGUACAGAAGAAAACGUGUCAUGUAUUGUAUUAUUGCAUGAAAACUUAUGAUGCAUGGUGCACUGAUGUAUUGUUUCACCCCUAAUAUUAACAAGCAAAGUGAAGUAGUUUGAGGGAAUGUGGCAGUGGAGCUGGAGCUGCAGGGGUCAGUAUGAGAAGUCUUCGGGAGUCUUGAUGCAUGGCUGUGUUUUCAUGAGCACAAUUUAAGAGAGUCAUGCAACAUUUUCAAGUAAAGGUGGUUUUGUUUUCGCCCUUAACCGUUUAGAAAUGCAAGUCACAUUAAAUAACAUUCUAUCAAUUAAAACACAUGGUAAAGAUACUGUAAAUUAUUUCUUUUACCAUGGCAACAGUCUCCUGGAUAUUUUGUAAGGAACUAGAACAGACUGUUACAGAUAUGUUGCAAUAAAUAUAACUCAUGUUUUGAAUGGUGUGUCGACCUGCCUGCAGCAGUUGAUGGUGACCUCUCAGUGGAUGACCACCAGGUUACAUGCAAACAUGACACAAGAGGCUGACCUCUCAGUGGAUGACCACCAGGUUACAUGCCAACAUGACACAAGAGGCUGACCUCUCAGUGGAUGACCACCAGGUUACAUGCCAACAUGACAGGAGGCUGACCUCUCAGUGGAUGACCACCAGGUUACAUGCCAACAUGACACAAGAGGCUGACCUCUCAGUGGAUGACCACCAGGUUACAUGCCAACAUGACACAAGAGGCUGACCUCUCAGUGGAUGACCACCAGGUUACAUGCCAACAUGACACAAGAGGCUGACCUCUCAGUGGAUGACCACCAGGUUACAUGCCAACAUGACACAAGAGGCUGACCUCUCAGUGGAUGACCACCAGGUUACAUGCCAACAUGACACAAGAGGCUGACCUCUCAGUGGAUGACCACCAGGUUACAUGCCAACAUGACACAAGAGGCUCACCUCUCAGUGGAUGACCACCAGGUUACAUGCCAACAUGACACAAGAGGCUGACCUCUCAGUGGAUGACCACCAGGUUACAUGCCAACAUGACACAAGAGGCUGACCUCUCAUUGGAUGACCACCAGGUUACAUGCCAACAUGACACAAGAGGCUGACCUCUCAGUGGAUGACCACCAGGUUACAUGCCAACAUGACACAAGAGGCUGACCUCUCAGUGGAUGACCACCAGGUUACAUGCCAACAUGACAGGAGGCUGACCUCUCAGUGGAUGACCACCAGGUUACAUGCCAACCAUGACACAAGAGGCCGACCUCUCACUGGAUGACCACCAGGUUACAUGCCAACAUGACACAGGAGGCUGACCUCUCAGUGGAUGACCACCAGGUUACAUGCCAACAUGACACAAGAGGCUGACCUCUCAGUGGAUGACCACCAGGUUACAUGCCAACAUGACACAAGAGGCUGACCUCUCAGUGGAUGACCACCAGGUUACAUGCCAACAUGACACAAGAGGCUGACCUCUCAGUGGAUGACCACCAGGUUACAUGCCAACAUGACACAAGAGGCUGACCUCUCAGUGGAUGACCACCAGGUUACAUGCCAACAUGACACAAGAGGCUGACCUCUCAGUGGAUGACCACCAGGUUACAUGCCAACAUGACACAAGAGGCUGACCUCUCAGUGGAUGACCACCAGGUUACAUGCCAACAUGACACAAGAGGCUGACCUCUCAGUGGAUGACCACCAGGUUACAUGCCAACAUGACAGGAGGCUGACCUCUCAGUGGAUGACCACCAGGUUACAUGCCAACAUGACACAAGAGGCUGACCUCUCAGUGGAUGACCACCAGGUUACAUGCCAACAUGACACAAGAGGCUGACCUCUCAUUGGAUGACCACCAGGUUACAUGCCAACAUGACAGGAGGCUGACCUCUCAUUGGAUGACCACCAGGUUACAUGCCAACCAUGACACAAGAGGCUGACCUCUCAUUGGAUGACCACCAGGUUACAUGCCAACAUGACACAGGAGGCUGACCUCUCAUUGGAUGACCACCAGGUUACAUGCCAACAUGACACAAGAGGCUGACCUCUCAGUGGAUGACCACCAGGUUACAUGCCAACAUGACACAAGAGGCUGACCUCUCAGUGGAUGACCACCAGGUUACACGCCAUCAUGACACAAGAGGCUGACCUCUCAGUGGAUGACCACCAGGUUACAUGCCAACAUGACACAAGAGGCUGACCUCUCAGUGGAUGACCACCAGGUUACACGCCAUCAUGACACAAGAGGCUGACCUCUCAGUGGAUGACCACCAGGUUACACGCCAUCAUGACA